GAUUGGCGCUUACCACUUCCGGUUUAUUAUGGCGGAUGUUUAGUAUGGUAGCGUAGAUCUCUUCCACAUGUGAAAAUGCCUUUAAUCGUGAUGUGUGGUUUUCCCUGUAGUGGCAAAAGCCGAAGAGCAGAGGAAUUAAAGGAAUAUUUUUUGAAAAGCACCGAGCGUAAAGUUUUUGUUGUUGGAGACGAAACAGUGGGUAUUAUCAAUAACUCCGUAUAUGCAGACUCUCAAAAAGAGAAGAAUCUCAGAGGAUCCUUGCGUGCAGAAGUGGAGCGGAAGGUCAGCAAAGAUGAUAUUGUGAUCUUGGAUUCACUGAAUUACAUUAAAGGUUACAGAUAUGAACUCUUUUGCCUAAUCAAGCACACACAGACUCCGCACUGUCUGGUCUACUGUGUGACCUCGGCCGAGGAUAGCUCGUCAUGGAACGCAAGCAGAGAGCCAGAUAAGCAGUAUACACAGGAGAUUUUUGACGGUCUCGUGAUGAGGUUCGAAGCCCCGGACUCCCGGAACCGAUGGGACAGCCCGCUGUUUGCCAUCCAGAAAGACGACGCGCUGCCCCUCGAAGCGAUUGCAGGCGCCAUCUUUCACAGAAAAGCCCCUCCACCGAACCAAUCAACACAGAGCCAGCCACUGUCAUCCACCAACUUUUUAUACGAGCUGGACAAAGUUACCCAGGACGUAUUAACGGCCGUUCUGAACUCACAGAAGACGUCUGUCCCUGGGGAUCUCAUCGUUGUUCCUGGAGCCACAGAAAAAGUAGAACUGACGAGGAAUAUCAACAUGUCAGAGCUGCGCAAACUUCGGCGUCAGUUCAUCAGCUACACCAAGAUGCAUCCGACCGAGAACAUCGGACAGAUAGCCAACAUGUUUGUGCAGUAUCUGAACAAGAGCAUGCACUGACGGCUAAUAUUACCCUCCAGGUGUUCUAGCUGUUCAAGCCAAAGUCUUAUUUAUUCUUUUUUUUUUUGAACUGGCCUUAAUUAAAUUUUUAUCAUGCAGUAUCUUCCUUCUAGAUUUCCGUCUAGCCAAAUCCUGGUCCUGGAGAGCCGCAGGGUCUGCUGGUUUAUGUUUUCACUUUCAGUCGGCAACCGGUCCAGACUCAAGAAAGCAUUAAGGGGCUGACGAGAGGCUUAUCUUGUUAAGGCGCUGUUGCAGUGAACAGAUGGGCCCCAAAGUCUGAGAGGAAAUCUGGACCAUGGCAGUGCUGCCUGCAGCUGGCCGCUCAUAGGGCGAUGCUCAGCUGGCUCCAGCGUCACCCGGGGAUGGGAGGGUUUCAGUCUCAUUGCGUAUCAGCGAACCCCACUGGUCAACCAGGCGCUAGCGAAUGUAGUGAGUUGCAUAUGGUUAACUACACUAAUUCAGUGCUGUUUAUUCCUGGUCCUGGUGGGCUGCAGAGUGUGCUGUUUUUUGUUUUAGCCUUCAUUUCAGCAUUCAGUUCAGACCCAAAGAACUAAGUGAGGUGAUUUAACUCUGUAAUUGACUGCUUUAAGUGAUCAGUUAAGUGCAGAGUAACAACAAAUACCAGCAGACCCUGUGGCUCAACGGGACCAGGAAUGAAGAUCACUGUGCUAAUUGAUCAGUUAGCCAAAGACCAGCAGAACUUAUGGCUCAGGACCAGGGAUAGAGACCUGUGUUUUAGGUAACAAGAACCACUACUUGGGUUUUCAAAUUUAUUCUCAAUUAUGAACUGGAAACAUAAUUUUUUCUGUAUAUAUUUGUAUGGUUCAAAUUUACCCCUUUUUAACUGGUCAUAGGUGUGCUGGAUGUCCAGCUGUAAGCCUGACUAAGGUUUCCAGGGGUUCAUUUUAUCUGUGAAUGAAAGAAGGUAUCCCAUGACUCAAAAUGGAGGUUUGGUUUUAAAAAAUAAAAUGAUCACAGUUGCUUA